AAGCUCUUGCGUGUCGGUGGAGACCACCCAGCUCACCCAGCUCAAGAAGGGCGAGGUUGAGACACCUUAUCGUCUUCGUGCAAGCUUUGCUCCCGUCGAAUCCUCGUACUGAAGUGAAGCGUGCGAUAUAUGCCAGGGGGCAUUCACAUUCAUGCUCUUUUUCCACUUUUCACUGACCCCAAGUUGUUGUCACCCUUCGCGUAAACCUACCAAUAGUCUGGUGUUGCAUCUGUGCCUUCGCCAUAUACGUGAAGCAAGCGAGUCCUACUUUAUAGAGUGGUUGCAGAGAAGCGCUGGACUGCGGAUAUGCCUGCAUUCGACGAUUCAGAUUUCGGCGUGCCGGUCCAGCAGAUCAAGUCGAAAGACCUGAGCCGCGUGAAGAGCAGCGAGAGCAAUGGCCACAGCUUCGGCCACAGCUACGGCAGCUCCCUUCCCAUCCCCGGCGAGGAUGGGAUGACGAACUCCAUCGAAGUGCCAGCGACCCGAUCCAGUAUCGCUGAUGCAUCGCCGUACAUGCAUCAGCUAUCCCUCUCGCCUUCGCAGAGGGACCGGCGGGCCUCUCGAAACUCGUUUGGUGCAUCGCUGCCAAUUCCUCGGUCGAAGAGGCAGUCCCGGCUGUCCUCCGUUGUCUCCGCGGAAGGCCGGACGGGCAAGUCGGUAAGACCUGGCAUGCCGCCUAUUCAGCCAACGCGGGAGAUUCUGGCAUCGCAGGUUCAGGAUAUGUCAAGCGAGAAGGUUCGCGCGGCUAAAGACAUGGCUUUUGUUUUCGACAUUGAUGGCGUGCUUGUCCAUGGUGAUCGCUUGAUCCCCGAAGGCAAAAGAGUACUCGAAAUCCUGAACGGCGACAACGAGCUCGCGAUCAAGAUACCACACAUCUUCCUGACCAAUGGCUCCGGCAAGCCAGAGCAGGCUCGCGUAGAACAAUUGUCCAAGAUCCUGCAACAGCCUAUUAGCAUCGAACAAUUCAUUCAGUCGCACACGCCAAUGCGAGCAUUGUCGGAGUACUACGAUACAGUUCUGGUUGUUGGUGGCGAGGGUUACCGAUGUCGAGAAGUCGCGGAAGCGUACGGCUUUGAGAACAUUGUCGUUCCGAACGACAUUCUCGCUUGGGAUCCCACGAUCGCACCCUACCGCAAGUUCACCGAAGAGGAGCGCCGAACCUCCCGGCCGCGCGACUUCUCGAAGAUGAACAUUGACGCCAUCAUGGUCUUUUCAGACUCCCGAGAUUACGCUACCGACAUGCAGAUCAUCGUAGACUUGCUGCGAUCGGAGAAUGGCCGCUUACACACCAUGGCCAAGGAUCCGGUAUCGCAACGCAUCCCCAUCUACUUCAGCCAGGGGGACCUGCUCUGCCCAACAGAGCAUCCAUAUCCGCGUAUGUCACAGGGCACGUUCCGUAUCGGUCUGGAGGCGAUGUACAAGGCCCUCACCGGCGAAGACCUGGAGCGUGUGGUUUAUGGCAAGCCUGAGUUAGCGACCUACAAGUACGCCGACGAAGUGAUUGCAAGCUGGAUGGAAAUCAUCCACAACGAUGAGAAGUUGCCGGCCAAUAUAUACAUGGUGGGCGACAACCCGGCCUCGGACAUCAUUGGUGGUAAUAUGUACGGCUGGAAUACAUGCCUUGUCCGUACCGGCGUCUUCCAAGGUGGAGAGAACGAUGAGAACAAUCCGGCCAAUUUCGGUGUCUUCGCCAAUGUGCUCGAGGCGGUGAAGGCUGCUGUGAAGAAAGAGCUGGGCCAGGAGUUCCGCUUCGAAUGGAAGGAUGAACAUGUUAAUCCUUUGCUCCAGAAAGGUACGGCUUCUGCGGUAGCUGUUGAGUAAUGGCCAUUUGUUGCAAUAUUAGUGCGUUGGGAGUCGGGUUUAGUUGCGAAGCCUUGAACGUUUGUAGAUCUACGCGAUCUCAAACGACUUUACGAAUGUUAAUGCAUAUCACAAUCCUCCUCCCCGCAU